AAAUCUUAAUGAUACUUUCCACUAACCUUUCAAAUAGAUUAAAUUGACAAUGAGAUGAAUAGAACAGAAGAAAAAAAGUCUAGACAAACAGAAAAAAAAGUCAAUGCGAUAGUCGAUGAAAUUCUUAAUAAAGAUCGGGAAAACGAUUUCGAUGCAACACGAGAUGAAACUUGUCCAGGAAGUUGCGAGAAAUUAGAUGAUACGCCUAAGGAAGAGACUGAAGACUCAAGAGACAGAAAAUUUCUUUCGCUACAAAUACCCCGGCAGUGCAAAUGCGGCGUAGAGACUUCAUUGAGGUUCUCGCUGCGCGUGAUGGAAGCAAUGCGCUUGCUGCAGCGCGACGUGGACCAGCCGUCCACGUCCAGCGCCGAAGAGAUCGCCGACUACAUCCGGUCGCAUUAUCGCUACGAUGGUGACCUUUAUGCUCAGGUGCGGACCGCGCUGAGACAGGUCUGUUCUCAAGGGUUAGUUCCCGGCGUCACUUCGUCGAAGGUCAAAUGGAUCGGAUGA